ACGUGAUCUUGACGUCACCCGAGGCCCAUUAGCAACUCGGAAAUAGCAGCGACCGAAAGGGGCGGUGGCGUUAGACCUAAAAUAUAGUAAUAUUAGCUAUAAUUUAUUACAAAAAAAAAAAGAUGAUCCCUUCGGAGGACAGCUCCGCCAGGAAGAAAACCAUAGAGGAGAAGCUCAAACAGGAAGAGGAAACCCUAUCCUUCAUCAAGGAGAGCCUGGAGAAGAGCGAUCAGCUGACAAACAAUAUGGUCUCCAUCCUGUCCUCUUUUGAGAGCCGGCUAAUGAAACUAGAGAAUUCCAUUAUCCCUGUGCACAAACAAACAGAGACCCUGCAGCGCCUGCAGGAAAAUGUAGAUCGUACCCUGUCCUGCUUGGACCAUGUUAUCAGCUACUACCAUGUUGCCACGGAAACUGAGCGCGUCAUCAGAGAAGGACCCUCAGGAAGGCUAGAGGAAUACCUGGGCUGCAUUGCAAAAAUCCAGAAGGCCGUGGAAUAUUUUCAAGACAAUAACCCAGACAGUCCUGAGUUAAACAGAGUGAAGUCCCUGUUUGAGAGGGGAAAGGAGUCUUUGGACACUGAGUUCCGUAGUCUCUUGCAGAGGUACAGCAAACCAGUGCCCCCCAUCCUCAUUCUAGACCUAAUUGGAACUGAGGAGGAAAUGGAGAGCCAGGAGGAAACUGUUCUAGAACAUCUCCCUGAGGGGAUCCUGCAGGAUGUUAUACGCAUCUCUAAAUGGCUGGUGGAGUAUGGGAGGAACCAAGAUUUCAUGAAUGUCUACUACCAGAUCCGCUCUAGCCAGCUGGACCGCUCCAUUAAAGGCUUAAAGGAUCAUCUACGUAAAAACAGCUCCUCCUCUGGCAUAACCUACUCUCCUGCUGUCCAGAACAAAAGGAAGGACACCCCCACUAAGAAACCAGCCAAAAGGCCAGUCUUCGUACCAGGCACUAUCCGCAAGGCUCAGAACCUCCUUAAACAAUACUCGCAGCACGGGCUGGAUGGGAAAAAGGGAGGGUCCAGUCUUGGAGUUCUUGAAGGUCAUGAGCAAGAUUCACGUGGCCGAUACCACGGAGAGACCGUGGGAGAGAAACACGGCCCGGCCUCUGGGAAGGAAGAUGCUCUUGAUCUGGAGACUGACACCUACAUCUAUUGCAUCAGCGCAUUUGUGAGGCUAGCGCAGAGCGAAUACCAGUUGCUUAUGUAUAUUAUACCUGAGCACCACCAAAAGAAGACUUUUGAUUCACUCAUCCAGGAGACCUUGGAUAACCUCAUUCAGGAGGGUGAGAAUAUUGUAUCAGCUGCUAAGAAAGCCAAUGCCAGACAUGAUUUCACUUCCGUCCUCAGUAUCUUCCCCAUCCUAAGGCACCUUAAACUUACAAAGCCUGAGUUUGACAAGGUUCUCCAGGGCACUGCUGCUAGCACAAAAAACAAGCUGCCAAACCUCAUCACCUCAAUAGAGACAACUGGUGCCAAGGCUUUAGAGGAUUUUGCUGAUGGUAUCAAGAAUGAACAAAAGGAGACCAAUGUGUCAAAAGAUGGCACAGUUCAUGAGAUCACCAGCAACGCCAUCCUGUUUUUGCAGCAGCUGCUAGAAUUUCAGGAGACGGCAGGAGCCAUGCUUGCCUCCCAAGUUCUUGGGAACACUUACAAUAUUCCUAUCGAUCCUAGAGAGACCAGUUCUACAGCCAGCAGUUAUAACUCUGAGUUCAACCGCCGCCUGCUCAGCACCUAUAUCUGUAAGGUUCUGGGGAACCUACAGCUGAAGCUUACACACAGGGUCAAGACAUAUGAAGAUCCAGCCUUAAAAGCCAUCUUCUUGCACAACAAUUUCAACUAUAUACUCAAGUCUCUGGAGAAGUCGGAGCUACUGCAGUUGGUUUCUGUGACCCAGAAAGAACCCGAUGAAACCUACCGGUAUCACAUAGAGCAGCAGAUACAGCUAUACCAGCGCAGCUGGUUGAAGGUGACAGAAUCAUUGGCUGACCGGAAUAUGCCUGUAAUACAAGGGGCCAAGUUAAAAGAUAAAGAACGGCAGAUAAUAAAAGAGCGAUUUAAGAGUUUCAAUGAGAAUCUGGAGGAGCUCUGCAAGAUCCAGAAAUCAUGGGCUAUUCCUGACAAGCGUCAGCGCGAGCGCAUCCGCCAGGUACAGAAGAGCAUUGUUCUGGAAGCAUACGGAGCCUUUCUGCAAAAAUAUGGCACUGGGGUAAACUUUACCAAGAACCCAGAGAAGUACAUCAAAUAUUCCGUGGAUCAGGUUGGCGAGAUGAUCGAGAAGCUGUUUGAUACAUCUGCAUAAGGCUGAUUUUUCUCUGUAUGAAACCUGUAUAUAGUUAUGUACAAAAAUAUUAAUUUGUGUGUAUAUAGACCUACUAAACACUACUUGCCUGAACUUAA